GUGCAUGGGUGUGUUUCCGGGGGGCGGGACUUAAAUUGCAUCGACGAACUUCCCUGAAGGCACCGACAACAUCUGCACAAACGCAGGAUGGAGCUGCGACCACUUGUUAUGUGCUUUGCUCUCUGUGUGGUUUACGCCACCAGUAAACCCACAGAGAAGAAGGAACGUGUUCACCACGACGAACCCCUCAGCAACAGAGAUCACGAUGAUGUGGAGAACUUUGACUAUGACCAUGAAGCCUUUCUGGGACAAGAGGAGGCCAAGACCUUUGACCAGCUCACACCAGAGGAGAGCAAGGAGAGGCUCGGCAUGUUGGUUGAACGCAUAGAUGAGGAUAAGGAUGGCUAUGUGACAGCCGAUGAGAUGAAGCGGUGGAUCAAGCAUGCUCAGAAGAGGUGGAUCUACGAUGAUGUAGAUCGACAGUGGAAGAGUCACGACCUAAACGGGGAUGAAGUGGUGUCCUGGGAGGAGUACAAGAAUGCCACAUAUGGAUACAUUCUCGAUGAUCCUGACCCCGAGGAUGGCUUCAGCUACAGGCAGAUGAUGGAUCGCGAUGAGAGGAGAUUCAAAAUGGCUGACCAAGACAAUGACUUGAAAGCCAACAAGGAGGAGUUUACAGCCUUCCUUCACCCCGAGGAGUACGACCACAUGAAAGACAUUGUAGUGCUUGAAACUAUGGAAGACAUUGACAAGAAUGGAGAUGGUUUAAUAGAUUUAAGCGAGUACAUAGGUGACAUGUACAACCAGGAGGGAGAUUCCACAGAGCCUGAGUGGGUGAAGACAGAGAGGGAACAGUUUACUGAAUUCAGAGACAAAAACAAAGACGGAAAGAUGGACAAGGAGGAGACCAGAGACUGGAUCCUGCCCAGUGACUACGACCAUGCUGACGCCGAGGCCAAGCAUCUGGUCUAUGAGUCGGAUUCAGACAAAGAUGGCCGCCUGACCAAGGCCGAAAUCGUGGAUAAGUACGAUCUGUUCGUGGGCAGUCAGGCAACCGAUUUCGGAGAAGCUCUGACUCGACACGACGAGUUCUAACAUCCACCCGCCUCCAAAGACUCUGUUCAUCUUGUGUACCACCUUACUCCUCCAACACUGGAUGGAGUAUCUGAAACAGGAUGAGCUCACCUAAUCCAACGCCACGAACAAUAAUUUAUUUGAUUUUUUUGAAUGUGUCCCAUUGUACACACAUUAACAUCACACACAGAGAGUUUGUCCUCAUGCUCAGUUGGGUGUAAGAUUGGGAUAUAUUGCCAGCCUGUACUCUGCUUCCACACAGUAAUCUUCCCUUUCACAGGUCAGGCAAAGGACAAACAGUGUUAGAUGACUAUUUGUUUUUUAAUUUGAAAGAAUAAUUUGAUGAAAUAGCGAUGUUUUGUUAUAAAACCCCAAUAGAACAAGUUUCAAUUUGCAAUAUACAGAAUAGUUUAUCAUACCAUUUCUAUUUGCAAUCCACUGGACUGUGAAGAGUAAAUCUGAUUUCCAGCCAGUAGAAUUUGUUCGACUCCCGUCUUAUCAUGUUCUCAGGCCCAAACUGAAAACACCAGUUGUUGAUUCAUUGUACUUGGUUUUUGUCUCAUAUUGAACAUGAUGCGGUUAUGCAGUAUAGGUUGUUUGGAAUGAGGAGUAAUUAUCAAUUUCUAGUGACGAUGAAGACUAUUUGGAGUAGUGCAAUACAGUAUCAUCAGUGGUACCACACUGUCUAUACUAUACUUGUCCCCAAAGCAUCCAUGUUAACACAAGCUAUUGGUCCUACAUGAGGGCGGUUUGUGUGUUAGUUAAAGGAAUCAAGAAUUUAUGAUUUAGGGAUUAAUGGAUGCUUUGUCCACGAAGCUGCCUCAUUUAUUUUGUUUCUCAUCACCUCAAUAGUGUGUGUGUGCUUGGGAAUCUGUGUGUACAUAUAUAACUGCUAUUCUUGAUUACUGAACUACCCUUUUUGUUGUUGUUAUGUUUUGUUGGAUUCAGCUUAUUUGUGUGCCAAGCAAAAAACUUUGUCUGAAUUUGUAAGAAGUUUAAAAAAAAAAAAAAAAAAAAAAAAAAGUAUUUUACUGUCAAACACUUUCCCCUCCUAAAUAUGUUAGAUAUGCUUAUAUUAUCCCUACCACCAUUUAUAACCACUGUUGAGAUUUUUUUAUGGUAUACUAUAAUGUAUAUGAUAAUGUUUUUUUACAGGCUCACUGCAGCAACCACCCUUUCACUUGUGACUUUACUGUAAAUAAGUUGUUGCUCUGAAAACCGAGCACUUUAACAAUCAGGUCCAGUUUUUGGGAUUGAGAAGAAUGUUCUCAAUAAAAACAAACUAAAUUAGAA